UAUUUUGUUAUGAAGUGCAUGUGUUGGCUUGCAGGAUUCCCAAUUAUUUUAGGUUUGUUAUGUUUAUUCCCACUUGAACGAUCAUGGUUUUACAAAACACUGGUAAACUAACGAAGAACAGUGAAGGACUUUCUGAAAGUGCAGCCAAGCGUUUGGAACAAGCUCAAUUGAAUGAAGUCUUGGAUGAAAAGUACGGAUAUGAAAAGUUGAAACAACCAUGUCAGAAACUUGGAUGGUUGAUCAAUUUAUCUGCGGCUGAUUGUCUUGAUGAAAAUAAACGCAUGGUUAGCGCUGUUGAUUAUUAUUUCUUGCAAGAUGAUGGGAAACGGUUCAAGGUAACACUUCCGUACAACCCAUAUUUCUAUCUUGCCGUAAAAAAGGGAACAGAACAGGAAACAUUGUCGUAUUUGAAGAAAAAAUUUUCAAGGAUUCAUACGAUUGAAGUUGUCAAAAAAGAAGACUUAGAUUUGCACAAUCACUUGGUUGGUUUGAAACGAACGUAUCUUAAAUUAUCUUUCUACCAUGUUGAUGAUAUGACAAGUGUGAGACAAGCUGUUCAUAGAUCAGUGAGGAAAAACAAAGAAAGAGAAAAAGAUUCCUCAGUGUAUAGCAAUAUGUUUAGCAGUGAACUUGGCGGCCAAUCUGAACAGUCGUACGGCUCAUCCAGUAAAACACAAGAACAAUUAGAUAAUUUAGUUGACAUACGAGAAUACGACGUGCCGUACCAUGUUCGUGUAGGGAUUAAUUUGAAAAUUCACGUUGGUCUGUGGUAUAAGGUUCAGUAUCGAGGGAAUUCCUUGCCACCCAUCAUCACACAUAGACCAGAUUUGUUGGAAAGACCGGAUCCUGUGGUGCUUGCAUAUGACAUAGAAACAACAAAACUUCCACUCAAGUUCCCAGAUGCUGAAACUGACAAUAUUAUUAUGAUAUCAUACAUGAUAGAUGGACAUGGAUAUCUUAUAUGCAACAGAGAUAUUGUGUCGAUGGAUGUUGAAGAUUUUGAAUUUACUCCAAAACCUGAAUUCGAAGGAAGGUUCACUGUGUUUAAUGAGAAAGAUGAGCUAAGCACAAUCAACCGAUUCUUUGACCAUGUGCUUGAAGUGAAACCUCAUGUGUUCGUAACUUACAAUGGAGAUUUCUUUGACUGGCCGUUUGUAGAAUCCCGAGCACGAAUACUUGGGCUUGACAUGUUGAGAGAAAUCGGUUUCAGCAAAGAUUCUCAAGGAGAAUAUAAAAGUAGACAAGCCUCACACAUGGAUGCUUACAAGUGGGUGAAGAGAGACUCUUACCUUCCAGUUGGAAGUCAAAACUUAAAAGCUGCAGCAAAAGCUAAACUUCGAUAUGAUCCUGUUGAGCUAGAUCCGGAGGAAAUAUGCAGACUAGCAAGUGAGGAACCACAGACACUUGCUAAUUAUUCAGUGUCAGAUGCAGUUGCCACAUACUAUCUCUACAUGAAAUAUGUUCAUCCAUUUAUAUUUGCACUUUGUACAAUUAUUCCUAUGGAACCUGACAGUGUGUUAAGGAAAGGCUCAGGAACAUUAUGUGAAGCACUACUGAUGGUUCAAGCAUUUCAUGCUAAUAUUGUGUUUCCCAACAAACAAGAAACUGUAUAUAACAAACUUACAAACGAUGGACAUUUGCUUGAUUCAGAAACCUAUGUUGGUGGUCAUGUGGAAGCAUUAGAAUGUGGAGUUUUUCGUGCCGAUAUUUCAUCGAGUUUUCGUGGUGAUCCAACCGCAUAUCAAGAUCUCCACGAUCAAGUUGAAAGAACAAUCAAAUUCUGCAUUGAAACUGAGGAGAAAAUCCCUCUUGAGGAAGUUGUUAACAUGGAUGAGGUUUGCAAAGAUAUCAAACAGAAGUUGCUUUCACUUCGUGACAAUCCUAUACGAUCAGAAAACCCUGUGAUCUACCAUCUUGAUGUUGGUGCAAUGUAUCCAAACAUUAUAUUAACAAACAGAUUACAACCAUCAGCCAUGGUAAAUGAGACCACGUGUGCUGCGUGUGAUUUCAAUAAACCAGGAUCAACCUGCCAACGAACCAUGAAUUGGAUGUGGAGGGGGGAGUAUCUUCCCGCAUCCAAGAACGAGUUUCAUCGGAUCCAGCAACAGUUAGAGAACGAACGAGUUCCGGAUCCCAACAUACCAGGAAAACAAGUUCCUUACCAAGAAGUAUCAAAGGAAGAACAAGCAAACCUGGCUAAGAGCAGGCUUCAGGCUUAUUGUCGUCGUGCUUACAAGAAAACUAAAGUCAAAAGAUUAGAGGAAAAAUACACUACAGUGUGUCAGAGAGAAAACUCAUUCUAUGUUGACACUGUUCGUAUGUUUCGUGAUAGGAGAUAUGAAUUCAAAGCUUCUUUGAAACGUGCGAAAAAGCAAGUUGCUGCUGCCAUGGAAACUGGAGAUGCUACAGAAGUUAAGAAAGCUAAGGGACUUGAAGUUUUGUACGAUUCCCUGCAACUUGCGCACAAAUGUAUUUUAAACUCCUUUUAUGGUUAUGUAAUGAGGCGUGGGGCUCGUUGGUAUUCAAUGGAAAUGGCCGGCAUUGUAUGUUUUACUGGUGCAAAGAUUAUACAAGAUGCAAGGAAACUUAUUGAUAAGAUUGGUCGACCACUGGAGCUUGACACGGAUGGUAUCUGGUGUAUUUUGCCUUCAAGCUUCCCUGAGAAUUACACAAUAGAAACUACCAAUGCUAAGAAACCUGAAGUAACAAUCUCGUAUCCCGGUGCAAUACUCAAUGUAAUGGUUAAGGAUAACUUUACAAACCAUCAAUAUGAAGAACUGACCGAGCCAUCCACACUUACUUAUGAAAGAAGAAGCGAAAAUUCAAUAUUUUUUGAAGUGGAUGGGCCUUACCUUGGCAUGGUACUUCCUGCUGCAAAAGAGGAAGGGAAAAGUUUAAAGAAGAGAUAUGCCGUGUUUAAUUUUGAUGGAUCUCUUGCUGAGUUAAAAGGGUUCGAAGUUAAGCGUCGAGGUGAGUUGCAACUUAUAAAGAUCUUUCAAUCUUCUGUGUUUGGUGAGUUCUUGAAGGGGAAAACACUUGAAGAAGUUUACCAAGCCAUUGCUAAAGUUGCUGAUUAUUGGUUGGAUGUCCUUUAUAGUAAGGCAGGCAACAUGCCAGAUUCCGAGUUGUUUGAGUUGAUCACUGAGAAUCGUUCAAUGUCACGCAAACUUGAAGAUUAUGGAACUCAAAAAUCAACAUCAAUCAGCACAGCUAAGAGACUAGCGGAGUUUCUUGGUGACCAGAUGGUCAAAGACGCCGGGUUAUCGUGUCGAUUUAUUAUCUCACACAAACCAGAGGGGGCACCGGUCACUGAGCGUGCAAUUCCUAUGGCCAUAUUUCAGUCGGAAGACAGCAUUAAACGUCAUUAUUUAAGAAAAUGGACAAAACAAGGAAAUAUGACGGACUUCGAUAUCCGAGCAAUAUUAGAUUGGAAUUAUUAUAUUGAAAGAUUGGGAAGUGCCGUUCAGAAAAUCAUUACUUUACCUGCAGCAUUACAAGGAAUUACAAACCCAGUCCCAAGAAUAAAACAUCCAGAUUGGCUGCACAAGAAACUAAUGGAGAAGAAUGAUGUUUACAAACAGAAGAGGAUUACCGACAUGUUUCAAGUGUGUACGAAAAAACGGCCACUGGAUGGUAGUAGUGAGGAAGAAGAUGUUGUUGUUGAUAUUGAAAACAUUGGUUCAACAUCAACACGCGAUCCUCUUCUACCAUCUGUUACAAAGAGAAGGAAGAAAGAUUCAAUUGAACCAGUUGAGAAUGAUGUAGGUGAUUGGAAAUCAAUCCUUGGUUCUCCUCCACCAAUCAGUGACCUCUUCACGGGGUUAAGAGGUCAACGAGAUGAAUGGUUGAAUUUUCAUUACAAAAAAUGGGAAUUACAGAAAAAACAAAGAAAAGGAAAUAAAAAUAUUACUAAAACAAGAACAGGCAAAGGUUUGGAUCGAUUCAUCCACCAACAAACACACAGUAUAUUGAACUCAAGAUGGCAGGUGCUGCAAGCUGUUGAAACGGAAACACCUGGUUUGUUUAAAAUAUUUGCUCUUAUUGGAUCGGAACUUCACACGCUAAAAGUGUACGUGCCGCGAAUAUUUUAUGUCAAUCAGAAAUCAAAGAAGGAACCGGGUAACAAAGAUGUUCCGUGGAGGAAAGUGUUUCGAUUGUUACCGAGGUCAGCGCAAGUGUUAAACUUAUAUGAAUAUCGAAUGACUGAAGAACAAUAUCAACAACAUAUUUGUGAGAUCAGAAGUGAAUUGAUGAGUCCCGAUAUAGUUGGUGUAUAUGAGAUGCAUGUACCACUUAUAUACAGAUUGUUAGGUGAUUAUGGAUGCAUGUGGAAAGUAUCAAGAUUGGCAUCACGUAGUUUGUCAACUAUGGACACCGAUACUUUCGAUCACGAUCAAUUUGAACUUCAACAACUUGCUUCAAAUUCAUAUCUUGAUGAAGGGACUCUUAAACAAAUUUAUAUUUAUCAUCAAAUUAUAGGCAACAAACAAAUUAUGGGAAUCUUCAUCAGCUCAACUCACAAAGCUGUGGUUUAUAUCUUGGAUAGUGUUCGAGCAAACAGAUUGCCAAACUUACAAGCUUUGUUUAAGAACAAACGAACAAAGCUUUUAUCCCAAGAUGAUGUGAAUGAGGACGUUCUGCCUCAUCCUGAUUAUCAGUUUGAAGCAAGAGUUGAUGUUGAUGUGAAGCAGUUGUAUCGCAACAUGCAGAGAUAUUUAUCAACGUACAAAGAUGAAAGAAGAGGACCAACCAUGAUCAUCUAUCAAUCAACUUCAAGUGUAAAGAAAAUCAAAUCGAAGUUACCAAUUCUACAUGACUUUCCAAUAAUUCACAUUCAUAAUAAUAAUGCUGAUCAAUUUAAUGAUGAACUUACUUGGCAAAAGGAUGCAUCGAACAUAAUGGUUGACCACUUCCUUGAAUCCAAGUUAAUAUUUCCGCGAUUACUUUCAUUCUCCAAAUAUUUUCACAUUCCCGUUGCCAACUUUCCAUCUCCGCUUGGAACUUUUGUGACAGACCUGUUAUGCGCAAGGCAUCUUCGAAAACACAACCACGUAUUAUGGUGUUCAACAGGUGACCAACCUGAUGUUGGUGGAAUGGAAACUGAGGAUAAACGAAUAGGAAUGAAUCAGAGAAGAAAUGCUUCGAUUGAAAUCAACAAUAGUGGUUUUUAUCAAACAGUUUGUAUUCAACUUGAUAUUUCAUCAUUGGCCGUCAACACAGUCUUACAAUCACACAAUAUUAAUGAUACUGAAGGAGCUUCUAGCGGGGUUUGUUUCGAAGGCGAUCUUGUAAGUUCAAGCAACUCAGCGAUGGUGUGUUUGGCAAAUUACGAUGAAACUGUUUUAUGUUCAAGCACUUUCAGAAUCCUCAAGUCCAUGAUAUUAGGUUGGUUGCGAGAUGUUUCCGUACAUAAGAACCACCUAGCUGAUAAUCAACUACAAAACUUUCACCAGUGGGUGACAGACAAGAGCUCGUUAUUUUACGAUCCUUCGAUUCAUAAAUCGUUGCAAAUGAUGAUGAAAAAGUUGAUUCUUCGAUUAUUAUCUGAGUUGAAAAGAUUAGGUUCGACGAUUAUUUUCGCAAACUUUUCCUCCAUCGUUCUCUGCACGAAGAAACAAAAUGUGGAAGACACGUUAUCUUACAUGGAAUAUAUCAGCAACUCCAUUGUUUCCAAAGAUAUUUUCCAUUCAAUGGUGCUCACUGUUAGAAAGUGCUGGAAACAUUUAUUGUGGAUGGACAACGCUAAUUAUGGUGGCAUGAAGGUUGUUUUGAACCACACAAACCAAGUUAAUUCGGAUUCAAUCACGAACAAAUUAGCACCAACUGGUGACGUAAUGGCUGAAAUGAAUUUUGUGUUGGGUCAAUAUUUACCUUCGCGUGCAGAAGUGCAACAAAACUUUGAAGCUGUUAUUGCUGGUUACAUAUCUCUGGUUUACAACGAAUAUGUUAAAGAAAAAUCGGGUAGAGAACCGGAUUCUACACCCGUAUUACCCCGUGGAAAUACCCAAACCCAGUUAUCGGAAAGUAUAAAUGUUGAAGAUUCAAAUAAACCACAUAUUGUGACUUUCUCACAACAAUUAAUCAAUAAAGAUGUGAUGGAACAAAUGUUCAGGACUUCAACCACAACCCUCAGAAAACUAAGCAGCAACGAUGCAAAUAUAUUGUCAUCUAUGUUUCCACGGUUACCAGGUAGUCAACUUCAACUCAACAACCCAACGUUAGAGUUGGUCAAAUCUAUCUGUCAUGUCUUGUCACUGGAUGAGAAUGUUACAGCACAGGUUGAAAGUUUACGACGAAACUUGUUACGGUUGAUUGGUGUUGGUGAGUUUGCGCCAUCAGCUGAUUGGAUAGAUCCGUGUGCCUCGUACAUUAUUGGUCACAUGACCUGCUCGUCGUGUGCGUUAAACCAUGACCUUGAUGUAUGCCGACACGCUGUUACUGUGAAUGGGACGUGUAAGUGGCUAUGUAGAGGAUGUCGUCAUCCGUAUGAUGAAAAAUGGAUCGAACAACAACUUGUUGAAGACGUUCAGCGUAAAAUGGUUGAAUAUAAUUUACAAGAUAUCGUUUGCAAAAAGUGUAAGUUGGUCAAUCAAUCAAAUAUGAACAGAAGAUGUGAAUGUGCAGGUGAAUUUCAACUCACGAAUCACUCAUCUUCUUUCAAAGAAACUUUAAAAAUAUUUCGAAACAUUGCCAGUUUUGCUAAGUUAGAUUACCUCAAUAAAAAUAUUGACUGGAUUACUUCUGCUAUUUAAGCUUUCUUCUUAAUAAUUGUAAAUGAAUUUAAGUUUGUGAAUGUAGUCAACAAUAUCAUUUUACCAAUGUAUUUUUAUCGUACUUUAGAAAGUUGUUUAUUUGGGCGGCAAAUCUUGACAUGUGGAAUAUAUACGAACAUAUUUUUUACGAAUUUUUUCUUGUUUAUGUUUGGUUAGUUUUGUGUAAAAAAUCAUUACAUUACACUUGAAUAAAUGUAACUUGCUUU